AUGUUCCAGCUUAGGGGUAGAUACGACAAAACGGAUGUGUUAGAUUUCCAUAAAAGCUUCGUAUCAUCAGUCGUCAUCGUGCGUCCAAGUUUAACCUAUCCCAAAGGAUUGAUUAUAUCUGGAAGUUAUGACAAUACGGCCCGCAUCUACAGUUUUGAUAACUUGGGUGAAUGCAGAUUCGUUUUGGGCCAUGAUGAUGUCGUAAGCACGGUACAAUUCGAUGAAAAGAGGAUGAUAGUGGUGACAGGCUGUUUGAAUGGAAUCAUGAAGACCUGGCGCGAAAACGACUGUUUGACCACGGUGGAAGCUCACAGUAGUCCUAUAUGGGCGGUGGCUGUCGUACCGGAUUCUCUCUCCGAAAGUCCCCCUGCUGAUCUGCCGCGGUUGCUGACCGCCUCUGCGGACAAAACAAUUCGCCUAUGGGAACACUGCAUGCUCAGUAAAACUUUCACAGGUCAUACGGACUGUGUUCGAGGACUCCAGGUGUUAAGUGAAAAUACGUUUCUUUCAUGUUCCAAUGAUCAUAGUGUCAGACAGUGGAACUUGUUAAACGGCGAAUGUCUUAUGAACUAUACGGGACAUACACAUUUUGUUUACAGCGUGUGUUCAUCAUCGGAUGGCUCAUGGUUUGCAAGUGCCAGCGAAGAUCACACGGUUCGCGUGUGGAACAUCGACGACUCGACAGAAAAGCAGGUGAUCAAGUUGCCUUGUCAAACUAUAUGGUGCGUUUUGGUUCUUGACAAUGGAGACAUCGCAUGUGGGAGCAGAAAUAAUGAACGAUUGGCUUCAAAGGAAGCAAUCGAACAAUUCAACCAACACCUCAACCAUUUUGAACAGUCCACUGGUAAGAAGGGAGCCAUCGAUUGGGAUCAGCUUCACCUUCCCGGUCCUGAAGCGCUAAACAGAAUAGGCACUAAAGACGCCGAGCUCAUGUUGAUCAGAGUUAAUGACAAGACGGAGCUUUACCAGUGGUCUGAGUCUGGUCAAGAAUGGUCGAAGGCAGGUGAAGCUGUAGAAUCUUUGGAUAUGAAAUCUGCCUUUCAGAAGACAGUAGACAACAAGGCCUACGAUUAUGUAUUCGAUAUUGAUGUCGAAGAUGGCAAGGAACCGUUAAAGCUGCCUUUCAACAAAACAGACGAUCCAUGGCUAGCCGCCCAACAGUUUAUUUCUCGCCACUCUCUGCCGCAGUAUUUUCUGCAAGAAGUUGCGCAGUUCAUAAUCGAUAAUGUUCCUGACCUGUCGUUGCAGAAGCCGGCUGCCGGCUGUUUGGAUCCAUUUACAGGUGAAAGUUGUUACACAACUGGCAGCAAUAAUACAGGGAGCACGACAAAAUUCGUUGGUCCGGCUGGGGAUCCAUUUACCGGAAGUCGUUAUAUUCCGUCUGGCGACUUUAAUCAAACGAGCGCUUUGUCAGAACCGCUCAAACCACGUGGCGAGCACAUGCCUUUAAAGUCGUACAUUGUUUUCCAAAAAGUUAGUGCUGAUGCAUUGCUAGAAUGUCUUGUUCCGGUGAUGGACUUGAUGCGGCUCGUGUUCUUGGAAGAAACAGUCAGCUUUAGUUUGUCUUCAGCGGCACGAGGUCGCCAGAUCAUCGAUUUUCUGCAUGGUCUUCUCGAUGACCGAAGCGUUUCGGUUUACAAUCAACUGCGAAUUGUCGUCUUUCGGUGUUUUGCAAAUAUUUUCCAUAGCGAAACCGGUCGUUCUUUGAUGUUGGCGACAGAAGAAUCGUUU